AUGGCUCUUCCCAAAUUGAAAGCGGCCGCGUGCCAUCUCACUCCACAUCUGCUCUCUGCCGAGCGGACGACCCAAAAGACCAUCAGCUUCAUUCAGACCGCGGCAAGCCAGUCAGCCAAAUUGGUCGUCUUCCCGGAGGCGUCCAUCCCCGGAUUCCCCGUAUGGUCGUCGAUCCUGCCGCCAACCAAGACUCAUCAUUUCUUCCGCCGCCUCGCUUCGCAACCACUAUAUGUAGAUGGGGAGGAAGUUGCCGCGAUCCGUGAAGCAGCCUCCAAGCAUUGCGUCACAGUUAGCUUGGGCAUAUCCGAGAAAGUUCCAUAUAGCUCCGCGACACUGUUCAACACCAAUCUGAUCAUCGGUGAGGAUGGCCAGAUCUUGGUCCACCACCGCAAAUUGAUGCCCACCUUCUUCGAGAAGCUGAGCUGGGCCCCUGGGGACGGCUAUGGCCUUCGCGUAGCAGACACCCCAUAUGGCAAGAUAGGGGCCUUGAUCUGUGGUGAAAACACCAACCCGCUGGCCCGGUACACCUUGAUGAGCCAGGGCGAGCAGGUCCAUAUCUCGACCUGGCCUGCCAUCUGGCCGACCCGGGCCAUCAGUGAAGACACGCCUGGCGCCGAGACCAGUCGUAAUUACGACAACGUCACUGCAAAUCAUACCAGGGCAGCCGCGCACUGCUUCGAGGCCAAAUGCUUUGGCGUCAUGUGCGCCGCCAAUCUGGACGACGCUGCAAUGGACGAGAUUGCCUCCAUGACCGAAAAUCCCGAGGAGAUCAAGAGUAUGCUCAAAAGAUAUCCCCGUGCUGCAAGUCAGUUCCUCGACCCGAAUGGAAAGACCGUGUCAGGCUACGUGAUCGAUCCAGACACAAGAACCAUGUCCACCAGGCACACGUUGAAGGAUGAAGAGGGCAUUUUGUACGCCACUUUGGAUUUGAACGAGUGCAUCGAAGGCAAGCAGUACCACGACGUGGUCGGAGGGUAUCAGAGGUUGGAUGUCUUUUCUCUCCACGUCAACCGUACCAGACAAGAGCCGGCCACAUUCAGUGAUGGAGACGAUGUCCAAAAGGACCACGGUAAAGAGUGA